AUGGCCCUUCUAAUCCACUCCCCGGAAAUAUCCGUUGCUCACCAAAUUGCUCCAAACCCUAACCCUAAGCUGACCAAAGUCCACAGCUUCAGACCCCACACUAAGGGCAAAGCGUUUGGGUCGACGCGCGGGCUGAGAAUUUCUUGCAAAGUGAAAGAUUGUGCAGUUUUGGAUUUGGGUUUGGACGAGAACGUGAAAUCGUACGGUCAAUUUUGGGUUCCUGUGAAGCCAGGGUCGAAGAAGGGCAAAGAGGAGGAGGAAGAGAAGCAAAAUUACUAUGUGAAUGUGGGAUAUGCGAUCCGAACUUUGAGGGAGGAAUUCCCUGAUCUCUUCUACAGGGAACUUAGCUUUGACAUAUACAGGGAUGAUAUUGUGUUUAAGGAUCCAAUGAACACGUUCAUUGGUAUUGAGAAUUACAAAUCUAUCUUCUGGGCACUACGAUUCCAUGGCAAGAUAUUUUUCAAAGCUUUGUGGGUUGACAUAAGUAGUGUAUGGCAGCCUGUUGAGAAUGUCAUCAUGGUUCGCUGGACUGUUCAUGGGAUCCCACGAGUUCUAUGGGAAAGCCGUGGUAGGUUUGAUGGAACCUCUGAGUAUAAACUCGACAAGCAAGGCAAGAUUUUUGAGCACAGGGUUGACAACAUUGCUAUGAAUUCACCUCCUCGGUUCAAAGUAUUGAAUGUGGCAGAAUUAAUUCAAUCUAUUGGCUGCCCCUCGACUGCAAGACCAACCUAUUUUGAAUCAUCUUCACCUCCCGAGAAAACGUAG